GGUUCUUUCGUGGAAAAAGGGUCUUUUUAUUAGCCUAUAAUGUUCUUCACACUAAGAAAGUAAAAAAUGGUUCACUGAAAUGUUCCCAACCUCUUUUCCAGGAGACCCCUAUUUUUAACAUUUUUAACAUUCAAAAUCCUUAAUGAUGUAUUUUAUCAGCUCCAUGAAUAAUUCUAAAUGCAUUAUUAUCCGAAUUUAGAUUUUUAUAAUGAACAUUAGAUUAUUUUUCCAUCAACCGCUAAAAAAGUAAAUGCGCAAACAGCCUGAAUGAAAUGUAAAUCCACUUUCUGACAGUAGAUGGCGCUAAUCUGCGCUUUAAGUUAUAAAUACGGAGAUAAGAUGAAAACAUCAAAUCGAAACUUCUCGAUGUACUCAGUUCCCUUCAGAGAUACAUUCAUAUAAUUCAUUCAUACUUAAAUUUAUAUAGCCUAAUUUCCCUCAGUACUCGGUUUUAAAACCUCUCACUUCUUUCCGCCAUGUUUUCACACAAAAUAAAACCUGCAAGAUGCUGUGCCUGCAUGAGAGACGGUUACUAACUUUGCUUAAUGCUGGACAUACAGAGUUUUUCAAAUCCUGGUAAACAAAUACGGUUUUAAAUGUUUAAUAUAUAAAACAUUAAACUGUAAUACUAACCGUAGGGAAUUAUAUCGUGUGCCAGUAACGGUUACAUCCCUAAUCAAACUAGAGUAAGCUUCGCGACCCUAAAAUGGUUCUUCUAUGGCACAGCUUUGAAACCCCAUUUUGAAACCUUUAUUUUACUGUAAGUAUGUACCGUAAAGAAUGAACAUAGGCUAAAUAAGACUUUUUAAUAACAUUAAUUAAUAAAAAAAACAAUUUACAUAUAUAUUUGCAUUUGUGUUUAUGUUGCCAGGUGUUUACCAAAGACAAUAAACACCAAUUGUUUCAAUUGUUAAAAAUGUACAGAUUACAAUUACACUUUUAUUUUUACAAUUUAACUCAGCGUUAACAAAUAGCUUUGGAAAUUGGUAAUUUAUGUUUGUCUGGUGAGGCAUAAUAAGAGUUGAUUUUAUAACACUUUACAAUAAGGUUUAGUUUGUUAACAGUAGUUAACUACAUUGGUUAACAUGAACAAUGAACAACAUAUAUAUAUAUAUAUAUAUAUAUAUAAUCUUAGUUGAUGUUAAUCUUAACAUUUUUAAGAUCAAAAGUUGCAUUUGUUAACAUUAGCUACGCACUGUGAACAUGAACAUUUUGAACUAGCAUACUGUAGGAAUAUAUUGCUCCUUGUUAGUUCAUUUUCGUUAAUGCAUUAAAAUGAGACCUCACCUCAUGUGUGUUACCAUUUUAGGAGAAUCUUGAAAAAUUCUAACAAGCUAUUUGUUUUAAGGGCUUACAUCGUCAUUGCUGCACCAUUUGUACAUUAUACAAUCAGCAAUACCUUUCUUUGUUCCAGAAAUAGAAAACAUUAUGCAAUUUCAUCCACAAAGGGUGAGAAAGUCUACAGAGUCAUUGGGUAACUAUGCUUUGUUUGUUUCAUUGGGCAUGUGAUGUACUUAUUCUGGAGCUUUUUCUGAAAAAAAGCCCUGGGUUUGUAAUCCUCACGCCUCCUCCCCAGUCUGGCUCGAGUGGGAUAAAGCCUGCAGGUGCCAGACCAUCUAUAGAAGCUCACCACAUCUCCAGUGAGGAUGUUUCCCUUACAGUUCCUCAGCCUGUUUAAUAUUGCUGUGGCCACAAUCUUUGAAGAAAAAAAGAAGAAGCAAGUGGUCCAACAUGACACCUCUAUCUACAAAAGAGGAGAUCUGCUAGAGGUCCCUCGGACUCUCUUUACACAUUUCGGAAUUUAUCUGGGGAACAACCGUGUGGCUCACCUCAUUCCUGAUAUCUUGCCAGUCUUGACCACAGACCAGAAGGCCAUUGAGAAAAUGGUGAAUAACAACCGGUUGAUUUUGGGUGUGAUAGCAAAAAAAGCAAGUGUCCGUGUAGACUCAGUGGAGGACUUUGCAUAUGGAUCAGAGAUUCUGGUCAACCAUAUGGACAAGGUGUGCAGUCGGCCACCGUUCGCCGGUGAGGAGGUGGCUAGACGAGCUGAGAAGCUCAUGGGCUCCGUGGCUUACAGUCUGCUGUGGUACAACUGCGAGCAUUAUGUCAUGUACUGCAGAUAUGGCACCAGCAUGAGCUUUCAGACCUACCAGUUCUGCAAAGCUGUGCGCAAGAUUGUGUGCAGCAAGACAAGUUCUCUUCUAAGUCUUCUGUUGUGCCUCUUCAUUAUGUUUUAUCUGGAAUCUGUGUCCAUCUUUGUAAUUUUACCUACGUUUUUCAUCCCCUCCACUAUUUGGAUGGCAUCCUGAAGCUGUCAAACGCAAUUUGGUUAACUAUCAGGAGACAACAGGAUAUUUUUGGAUUUUUUAUAAUCAUUGUUCAUUAUUUAGUUCAACAUAGUGCUUCAUUACCCUAAAGCACAUAUUGAGCAGUGUAAAAAAAAAACAAAAAAACAGGAUAUUUAAGACUGAUCGGGGCAAAGAAGACCUUUUGAUUAAACCCAUGUAAACCCCUUUCCAGUACUGUCAUGUUAAUAUACAUCACAUAAUUUAUUUUCAUACUGUUUGUUG